AUGGAUGAAUAUGAAAAAGAACAACAACAACUUGAGCAACCACAACCACCACAACCAAAUCCAGUCCCAAUCCCAAACCCAAUCCCAACGGAAAUUAACUCAGGGGCAGUUAUUAUUCCACAACCAUCACCAGAGGAUGAAGCUAAAAGACGUUUAAAUGAACGUUUGGAUCUCUACGAAUUAGAACAUAGUAGGGACAUCCCAGAAGAUGGAAAUUGUCAGAUGCAUGCAUUAUCUGACCAACUAUAUGGCAACUUGAACCAUAGUUCAGAAAUUAGAAGAGUCAUUGCCACAUGGCUUAUUAGAAAUAAAAAUUUCACCCUUCCAAAUGGUGCCAAAUUAUCCCAAUUUGCCAAUACCACAAAUUGGAACAGAUAUUGCAACCGAAUGGCAAGAAGGGGUACUUGGGGUGAUCAUUUAACAUUACUCGCAGCUGCUGAAAUUUUAAAAUCACAAAUAACCGUAAUUUCAUCAGUCGAAUCUGAUAGCAGCGCUUACAUUGAAAUUAUUCCAAGUUCAAUUGAAAAUAAUAGAGCAAUUGUUUUAUCUCACCUUGCAGAAAAUCACUAUGGUUCAUUACGUCAAAGACCUAUUGCAAAUUCAAGAAAAGGUCUAAAUGGUGGUUCAAGUAAUGGGUCUAAUGGUGGUUCGAGUGUGGUUCAAAUGGUAGUUCACAUCGUAAUUCAAAUGGAACAAGUAAUCAGUCAAUUUGUGGUUCAAGUUGUAGAUCAUAUCGUAAUUCAAAUGUUGAUUAAAUUAAUCGGUCAAAUGAUGGGUCAAUAA